GUGGGUGCUCGACUUCCACCGGUUGAUGAAGUCCGAACUUUGCUUGAUCGGAGUGCUCGAGGGGUGCUCUCCACGUUUUCCCAGGAGCAUGAAGGCUAUCCAUCUGGAUCGAUGGUUGAUUUUGCAUGUGAUCGUGACGGUUCUCCAAUAUUAGCAGUUAGUAGUUUAGCAGUUCAUUCAAAGAACCUGCUGGGUAAUCCGAGAUGCUCUUUGCUUGUUGCGAAGGAUCCCGAAGACAGAACUGAUACAGCGAUCACGUUAUAUGGAGAUGCUAUUUCUGUUUUCGAUAGUGACAGAGAGGGCAUACGUACUGCAUACUUGAAAAGGCAUCCUCAUGCUUUUUGGGUUGACUUUGGUGACUUUCGUUUCCUCCGUGUCAUGCCAAAAUAUGUACGAUAUGUAUCAGGAGUUGCUACAGCUUUGUUGGGUUCAGGAGAAUUCGAUGCUGAAGAAUAUAAAGCUGCGAAAGUUGAUCCGAUAUCUCAGUUUUCACUUCCAGUCACUUCCCACAUGAACAAGGAUCACGCAGAAGAUACGAAGGCAAUCGUGCAGCAUUCUACCUCAGUGAUGGUGGAUUAUGCUUAUAUGUUGGACUUGGAUAGUCUUGGUUUCAACGUGAAGGCUGGUUAUAAAGGUAGUACUAUGAAGCUUCGGAUUCCGUUCCCUAGACGUGCAGAGGAUAGAAAGGAUGUGAAGACUCUUAUUGUGGAAAUGCUUCAAGCUGCCAGAACUCAAACUUUGUCCUGACGACUGAUGAUUGUAAAGAUGACAAUACGUUUCCCAUGUGUAUACAUGCAGGUCGGGCUGGUUUUAAUACCUUUUGAUACACAGAGGCAGCGGGGGAAAAACUGGUAGUUGAAUUACUGUAUUUGAAUAUUUACAAGACUGGGACGGGGUUUGCUCGUGCUGCGUGCGAUAAUACACAGAUCAAAGAAAACAGAUAUUUGGAGUGUAGGCUUGAUUGUGCCAUAUUGUUGAUGAUGUUCAAUUUAGAUGCCUUCUUAUAUAGCUUUAGUUGGAUUGUUCC